AUGAACACAAUAGUCCCACUUAGCACUCGAGGACCCUCAUCUCCUGAAGGCUCCAUCACUGCAUCAACGACAUCUACAACGCCUUCUAGCUCUCCACCAUCGUCAUCUAAAUCUGCUCCAUCGUCUGCUGGGUUUCUUAGUCCUCCUGCCUCUCCUCAACCUGAGAAACAUGCUGCAUCUGGUAUAAUGGGCUCGUCUACAGUUUCCACAAGCACCACAACUGCUAGGACCUCUUCAAGAACAGCCACGAAAUCAAACCUGAUUUCAGGAACUGUCCUUGACGGUCUUAAUGACAACCUUCAUCGCCUGGUUACUCCGGCCCUUUCACCUACCUCUUCUGAUAGGAAUAAUGACGAAAAUGUGCAUGAAAUUGAUCACGAAAUCGAUAUUAGUCUACCUACCCCCGUCUCCAGUACCGGAGACCACUUCAAACUUUUUGCAUCGUCUUAUGACUUGUUAUCUUUGGAUGCUGUUGCAAAACGUACUACUUCUCACUUGACCCGAGUGCUGGGUACCAACCAUCAUACCCCUACUAUGAUUCCUACCUGUAUGACUUGUCUGCCAAGUGGGAAAGAAAUUGGUACCUUUCUCUCGGUCGACUUGGGAGGUUCUACUUUUCGAGUGGCCUUUGUAUGCUUGAAGGGCCCUGGUAAGCAGAGUGAGAUUGUUUACAUGUCGGUUGUGCCUGUUCCUGAUUCGGUGAAGCAAGGUUCAGGUAACGAUUUCUUCCUUUGGAUGGCACACGAAGUCAAGAAAGGUGUCGACAAGGUUCUACCUAACCAACCCAAGUCGGUUCCUAUCAACAUGGGCAUUUCAUGGAGUUUCCCUUUCGUACAAACUGCUAUGCAUACUGCAAUUAUUGAGAAGAUGGGCAAAGGUUAUAACGUUGCGGAUGAGAUCUCGGGCUGGAAUCUUGGCAAGUCUUUUGAAAAUGCAUUUGAAAAGUUAGAUCUAAACAUAAAAGUUACUGCAAUUGUCAAUGAUGGUGGUGCCUGUAUGAUUUCUAGAGCUUACGCUGACAAUGCGACCAAGAUCUCGCUUAUUCUCGGUACAGGCAUCAACGCAGGAAUUAUGGUUCCCAGUCAUCUUAUUGGUGAAGCCAAGCUUGAGUCAAUUGCCAGUGGUAAGCCUGCACCUACUUACAUGAUCAAUACUGAAAUUUCCAUGCUUGACGAUACGAUUGUUCCUGCCAGUAUCUGGGAUGUCGAGCUUGAUGCUGCCAUUGAAAGACCCGGUUUUCAACCUCUCGAAACCAAGGUCUCUGGUAGAUACUUGGGCGAAAUUUCUCGUUUGAUUAUCCGCGACCUGGUUCUAAAUAACACACUUUGCGGUGGUAUUCUUCCUGAAAAAUUAGACGUUCCUUACAGUUUGGAGUCUUCACUUAUGUCCGACAUUGAGGAGCAUUUCCGCAACUCUCGGCUUGACCUGGCACGUGAUGCUUUUCUCAGAGCUCACCCUCAUCCCUACCUCAGCGACUCGGACCUUGACCAAAUUUGUGAUGUCUUUGUCAAUGUUUCCAACCGAUCGGCUGCUUUCACUGCUGCUGUUCUUGUUGGUUUGGCUGAUAUCAUCUAUCAGAACACUGCGCACUCAUCUGCCGAGUCCCAAUCUUGCAUUAUAUCCUAUACAGGGACCGUUAUAGAGAAGUAUCCUUUGUUCCGCAAACGAUGCCAACAAUUCCUCGAUUCAUUAUGUGCAUCGCGAGGCAUCCAACUUCGCCUGGAGUCCUCUGAAAAUGGCUCUAUCUUUGGGCCUGUCAUUGCUGCCGCUAUGAACCACUGCAACUGA